AGAGGGUGGAACCAGCUUCCUCUUACUAUCUCAACUUCCCUCUCUCCUCGGGCCUGGUACAAAUGCCUGUUGGGUAAGCAAAGGUUGGGAGUUUCCCACACCUCCCCAGAGAAGGUCACGGUGGGGCCUUUGCUCCAGGCAUCCUAACUCAGGACUUCCGUUUCCUACAGGGGAGAAAUCAGACAGGGAGCAGGCCUGGUCCUGGCUCUGGUGCUCUGCCUUCCCAUGUGCCCAUGACCUCUCCCAGCCUGGUGCUAAGCCGUGUCACGAGUCUGAGCCAGGCGGGAGAUAAACUCUUGAGCAUGGGGGCACUUCGGGGCUGGGAAGGAAGAGGAAUGACGGGUCCAGAGUCACCAACAGGGAGAGACAGCUGCCAAAGUUGAUACAUCCCUCCUCCUGGGAAUCCGCGUCAGAGGUAGUCAGGAACCCCAGCUGGAAAAGAGCGAGAAGGGGCCUGGUUGCCUGGCCUGUGCCAAGCCCUGGCCUCAGCCAGCAGGCUUCAGCUUCCCGGACUCCUCCCCCAAGUCCUCCCUCACAUACGCUUAAUACUUCUGGUGCCCAGUCCACCCUCUGAGGACUUUGGCCUUAGCUGCAGUUCAUGUGAGAGCCUGGGGAGGCUGGGAGCAGAGUUUCUCAAACAAAGCAAAAGAAGACGCUUCCGGUGUUGUAGUACCUGCUGACUUUCCGAAGCAGGUAAGCAGGGCACUGGGAGCCGGGGUGCUAGGAGAAGACUUGCAGGAUCUUACAAGUAUUGGUAAAACUCAAAGCUUUAAGCUUUUAACAUGCUUCCUCACAUAUUUUCCCUUGAUCCUGCUCACCUCCCUGGUGGUCUUGGUAGGUGUUAGUCCCACCCAGCAAACGGGAAAUCAGGUUCAGAGACGCAAUGAGGUGCUCAGAUCACACAAUAAGUUUGGGGCCACCAGGACUGAAAUGCAGGGUUCUUUGUCCCAUGUGUGUUUCCUAAAACAAAGCCAGCUUACACUUAGAGAAUUCAUAUGCCCCUGGAUUAUCCAGAGAGCAAACGAGAAAAAGCAGACGAGACCCUUCUACCCCCUUACAGCAGGGUUGCACAUGUGACCCGGCUUACCCACUUUUCAUUAAGUUACCCACAAAUGUAGGGUCUUCCCAGAUCCCUGCUUUUCCUAGAUAAGGUAUAAUUUGCCAUUUAUCUACAGGCAGAUAAAUGUUCAAGCCAGAGACUUCCAGCUAGGGACACUCUUAAGGGGACGGGUCUGAGUGCCAGAGUAAACUACACCCCUUUUCCUGCCCGGCCUCAGCUGCCCCUGCAGAUCGCUUGGCUCCAGCCAUGUGGCUGCCCCUGCUGCUGGGGGUCUUACUCUGGGCAGCACUGUGGUUGCUCAGAGACCGGCAGAGCCUGCCGGUCAGUGAUGCCUUCAUCUUCAUCACCGGCUGUGACUCUGGCUUUGGACGCCUUCUGGCACUGAGGCUGGACCAGAGAGGCUUCCGAGUCCUGGCCAGCUGCCUGACCCCCUUGGGGGCCGAGGGCCUACAGCAGGCAGCCUCCUCUCGCCUCCACACCACCCUGCUGGACGUGACUGAUCCCCAGAGUGUCCAGCGGGCAGCCAAAUGGGUGGAAACCCACGUUGGGGAAACAGGGCUCUUUGGUCUGGUGAAUAAUGCUGGGGUGGCAGGUGCCAUUGGGCCCACGCCGUGGCUGACGCAAGAUGACUUCCACCGGGUGCUGAAUGUGAACACACUGGGCCCCAUCAGGGUCACCCUGGCCCUGCUACCUUUGCUACAGCAAGCCCAGGGCCGGGUGGUUAACAUCAGCAGCGUCUUGGGUCGCCUGGCAGCAAAUGGUGGGGGCUACUGUGUCUCCAAGUUUGGCCUGGAGGCCUUCUCGGACAGCCUGAGGAGGGAUGUGGCUCCUUUUGGAGUACGAGUCUCCAUCGUGGAGCCUGGCUUCUUCCGAACCCCUGUGACAAACCUGGAGAGUUUGGAGAAUGCCCUGCAAGCCUGCUGGGCACGGCUGCCUCCAGCCACACAGGCACUGUAUGGGGAUGACUUCCUUGCCAAGUACCUGAAAGUGCAACAGCGUGUCAUGAACCUGAUCUGUGACCCAGACCUGAACAAGGUGAGCAGGUGCCUGGAGCAUGCCCUGACUGCGCGUCACCCCAGAACUCGCUACAGCCCAGGCUGGGACGCCAAACUGCUCUGGCUGCCAGCCUCCUACCUGCCAGCCAGCCUGGUGGAUGCUGUGCUCACCUGGGUCCUUCCCAAGCCAGCACAGGCAGCCUACUGAAUCCAGCCUUCCAGCAAGUUAUUUCUGCCGCCACCCUGGUACUGCCUGGUGCCUGACACAACACAGGCACUCAAUAAAUGUGUAUUUUAAAAAUAAAAUAGGCAGAAAUGAAGGUACUCAA